AUGGGAUGGGCAGCUGAGCCAAAGUUUCAUAUUCUAGCUGUUGUCGACAGUAUCAUUGACAGAAAGCUUAUUGAAAGGUUACUUAAAACGUCUUCAUACCAAGUUGCCACAGUUGAUUCAGGCACUAAAGCUUUAGAAUUUCUGGGUUACAUCAAGAUGGCGCAAUCAACCCAAAUACAUCAUCUGCUUCUUCUAAUAAUCACCGGGUUCAUGGAAGUUGAAGUGAAUCUUGUCAUUACAGAUUACUGUAUGCCUGGCAUGACAGGCUAUGACUUGCUUAAGAAAAUCAAGUUCCUUUUAUAG